AUGUCCAUGAAAGCCGUCGUCAUCCACGAGGCCGGCGGGCCCGAUGUGCUCAAGCUGGAACAACGGCCCAUCCCCACGCCCGCGGCCGACGAAGUGCUCAUCCGCGUCAAGGCCUUCGGGCUCAACCGCUCCGAGAUGUUCACCCGCCAAGGCCACAGCCCGAACGUGCGGUUCCCACGCGUGCUGGGCAUCGAGGCCGCCGGGGUCGUCGAGGCGUGUCCGUCCGGCCAGUUCCAGCCGGGCGACAAGGUCGCGUCCGCCAUGGCCGGCAUGGGCCGCGACUUCGACGGCGGGUACGCCGAGUACACGUGCCCCAAGGCGGCGAACACGCAACGGUUGACCACGGGGCUGGAGUGGGCCGUCGUCGGCGCCGUGCCGGAGAUGCUGCAGACCGCGUACGGGUCGUUGUUCAAGGCGCUGAAGCUGCGCGCCGACGACCGUCUGCUCGUGCGUGGUGGGACCACGUCCGUGGGCCUGGCGGCCGCGGCCAUCGCCAGCAAUCACGGCUGUUUCGUCGCGGGCACCACGCGCAGCGCGAGCCCCGACACGGCCGAGCUGAUGCGCAGGAGCGGAGUCGAGCAGGUCAUUGUCGAUGAUGGCAAUGUCGCGGACACGGUGGUCAAGGGCGGGAAGAAAUUCGACAAGGUGCUGGAGUUGGUAGGGACGACAACUCUCAAAGACUCGUUGAAUUGUGCCGUCGAGGGCGGCAUCGUGUGCAUGACGGGCAUUGUCGGAAACAGCUGGAGCCUCAAAGAGUUCUCGCCCAUGGACGUGAUCCCGCACUGCGUCGGCUUGACAGUCUAUUCCGGCGGGCCGGACGAGUUCAUGGAGACUCCGCUGAAUGAUUUGCUCAAGCAGAUCGAGGCCGGCACCAUGCCUGUGCAGAUCGGCAAGGUUUUCAAGAUCGAUCAGAUCGUCGAGGCCCACGACACUAUGGAGAAGAACCUGGCGCGCGGCAAGAUUGUCGUUCUGACCGAGUGA